CUCUGAAAAAGUAAAAUACAGUGUGGAGGCAGCAGGGAAACUACCUUCCUUAUGGUGUAGAUGGGGGCGCGGUGCAAAUCUAUCGUGUGUGUUGUCUUGAAUCAAUAGAGUGGUGCUCUGUUCAUCUUUUUCUGAAUUCAGCCACAUUUCUGGAGAUCUCUGUGACGCGAGACGAAGAGAGUCAGGACCAGGAGGAGCGGUAGAAAACUUCCGAAAGUUGACACGCUUACAGCUUCCCCGAUUAUAAGAAGGCCGGAGCGCUCUGGUUUGGCGCUCGUUAACUCUGCGCGGCGCCGCCCUUGGGCUUGAGACCGGGCGAGCACUCAAGCAGGGAAACAGUUUGCGCAAGAGCCCCCCGGGUCCGGUCGGAGGGGGGCCGCAGAAUCACCGCCGUCGGCUGGCGUCUCCGUACCCGGGUGAGGCCAUUGCGAAGCAGUUGGGCCAACCGCCAGUGGGUGAGUGUCCGCCGUGGUCGGCAAAAACGUCGGGUCGCAGCCAGCGCGCUGCCAGUACAGUUGCGCCACGCACCUCUUGGCCCCUGGCUGGCCGGGCCGUUUCUUUUCGGGGGAGCGAGGCCGUCUGCCCGGUGCGCGGGCGCGCCCUUUGCCCGAGCCCCCGCCCCCAUCGUGGUGAAGGUAUUGCCGCCGUGGCUCAUAGGGCCGAUGGGCUCUGGCGAGCGUCUGCGUCUCGCCUUUGGCGGGUUUGGGGCGGGGUGUGGCCCCACCGUAAAAACUCUGGGCGGCUGAUCGAAUGGGCGCCGCCCGCCCGGCUUGGAUGGUUUGGGCCGGCGCGCGGCCCCCGGCUUUCGGGACUGGUCGGAGGGAGGUAUCCCCGUCUUCGCCGACUGAAGGCGAAAGCUAGCACGCCGCGGAACCAGCAACGCCCGGAGCAGCCCUGGCGGCCCUGUUUUGGCUCCUAUCCUGUGGCGCCUGUUGGCCUCCCACGCAGACACCCGGGAGGUCAGUGGCGGGCACGGCGUACAUUUUGGGCAGCCGGCCCCGUUGUAUAUGCGGCCGGGGGUGCGUAGUUUCAGGGCCCAGCGGGGUCAUUUCCUUGCAUGCCCCGCCCCGCCCCACCGUGUGCAGCGGCCCCGCGCGCCCCGUCAAUCUACCGGUGCCCGGCUGCCUACUUGGGGCCCGGUGGGCUGGUCCUGCCCCGUUGGUAUUACUGAUUGGCGUGCGCGAAGGCCUUGGCGCCUGCCUCCCGCCUGGGGCCUGCUCGCUCCCUCAGUGUUUUUAUGUCAGCGCGCUUUCGGGGCGUGCGCGUGCUUCGUAUGUCCGUCUGGCGCCGCCUCCAUCGACAGUGAGUUCCUGCUCGUGGCCGGCCGCAGCCCGCAGCCAUUCAUAGGCUCCGUCGUGAGUAUUGUCUUGCCUGGUGUUGAUCAUCCGCACGCCUGUUGGGCCUAGGCCACGUUGCGCGGUGUCCUGCUCCGGGGCCGACCUCUCCUUGGCGUUUGAAGGGUCGUUCCGCUUGUGGUUUUCACCUGAUGAACAAAAAUGUUGUUGAGCCGACCCUUACAGGGGCGCGCAAUCUUUGUGCCCGAGCGAUGUGGUAUCUCACGAAGUGCAGCAGGUUGGCGCUCCACGAAGUGCAGCCGUUGCGAUGCACGUUGGUUGGUACCGACGAGGAUGAGUGGCUGAGACGGAGUUUCAAGUGAGUUGCUCAGCAAUAUGUACGUAUCUUUGUGUUGUAGUUGCCGCAACAACACAAAGAUACAACAUACGCACCCGUGAGAAAGCUGCGGUCUUCCCGCGCACGUUUUUACUUUUAGCUGUUGAUCUUGGUGAUUUCUCUGAGCAUCCCCGUCCACUGGUGGCGGGAGCAUGCGCACCAAAAGAGAAGCAUCGCACCUCGUAUGGAAGAAAGGGCCCAAGCCAACCAACGUAGAAAUGCACUCCGUUUCGUUCUGACAGAUAUCGGCCAGGGGAAGGCCAAACUGUAACGCCCAGCCAGCGCAAGAGCCGGAGAACGUCUAA